GAAAAGAAACAAUUGAGCUACUCGCUCGACAAUGUUACCGUGGCUCCGCGGUUACUCGUCCCCAGCUCUCUCCACAUCGCGCGCCUCGCAUCCCACACACCACCUGAGCUGCGAGCAUCGUGACCCUGGAGAGAGGGAGAGUCAAUUCCUCAGUUGCCUGGUUCUCCUGGCCUUUGCCUUGCCCUCAUGCGGCAAAACUUCCACAGAUGCAGACAUCGUGCCUACCCGCCGAUAUUACGGUAGCACUCACCCUACGCCAUGUCUGUCAGAGGGUGGUUACCUACCUUGUCAACUGCUUCUCGUCAACCGCAGCCAGCUGCCUGGCCCCCUGGGGCAUCUUGGGGCCUGGGGCCUGGGGGGUGGCCCCCUCGAGUCCACAUUGCCGCACUGGGCAAGGCUUGCAUGCACAUCGUAUCCACGCAUCUUUUUUUCUUUCCUGCUUGGUCGCUUUGCUUUGCUUGCAUCGGGAUCCAUAUCUCUUGUCCUUCCCCUUCUCUACCGCCGUUCCCCCCCCCUUCUCCGCCCGACGCCGACCUCUCCGACCUCCUCCUCCGCCUCCACCACCUCCUCUUGGCCACCUGCACCUGCAGUGUUUCGAGCGGUGCAUACUGUCGUUUUUUCCCAUCUGGCACCAGGGCCCUUUCGUUUUUUUGCCUGUGUCGAUCCCUUACCAUACUAGUAGUACUUUGUGUCUUGUUUCUCGCCUCUGCGGCUCCUCGGCUCCUCGUUUUGCCUUGCUUCGUCUUUCCUCGGUCCUCCGGAUUUUUCUUACUCUCGCUCUCCGCCUUUGUGUCGUCCGUCUUAGGAGUCUUUUCCAGCAAAACACCAUUCUUAUUCGGCCGAUCAGCUCUCGCCCCCCCGGGUUAUCGCCAACGGGUCCCGCCGUAUAUAGUAUCAGCAUCGCCCAACUUUCCCGUUUUAUCUCGUGUUUGCUAUUGUUUGUUGUUUCUCAAUCGUCUUCGUCCGGCUCGCGGUCUCUGUCGUUUACUGCGACAGUUUCCACCAAUGCGGCCUAUUUAAUCAUUAAUCGUCUUAAUAUCCCCUCGGUGCCAGAGUCCGGUACUCUUGGUCGGUCAAUUGGCAGUGCAGCCGGGACUUAAUUCGCCCCAAAGGACUCCGUGGCUCUCAUGCUCGUGUCUUGCUACAAGACGCCAAUUUCCGACCCGAAGCUGCCGUAACUCGAACCGUA